AUGCCAACCCCAGGAGGCGCACUGCCCAUGCAUUAUCCGAGCGGAGUAUACCCAGUAGCUGAUGCGUGGCCGCAAACCGGAUCUCAGGAACUGUCCUCCGACUACAUACACCUUUCCACUAGCUACCUGGACAACCCGACAGGACUUGCGUAUCCAAUGGCUGCUCAGACCGUAUUGGACACCACGCUUCCCGAAACUGCACUGCUCGAAGACAAGCGCAAAGACCUCCUUAAUCUUAUUCACUUGCAGUUCAACGAGACAGGUCACGCGCCAGUCAUGGCGCAAAAGGAAGCCAUCAUGAAGGGCGAUAAAGACGACAGCCGCCACGUAGUGAGUCUGUGUAUGAUGCAGUCGUACAUCAGUUCGUACUGGAACCACGUCCACCCACAGUUACCGAUCCUCCACAAGCCAACGUUCGACGCAAGCACAUGUCCCGAGCUGCUACUGCUCGCCAUGAUGUGUCUCGGAGCUUCGUCCUUGGAGAAGAACUACGAUCAAGAGACGACACAGUCUUGUGCUCAGCUGGCUGACUUUCUGGCAUGGCACCUGCGUUGGGCGCUUCUCAUGGACCCCAACGCCCGUCCACCAGCGAAACUAUGGGCAAUUCAGAGCCUGCUCCUUGUCGAGGUCUUUGAGAAGAUGUACUCCACACGUCUGCUGCAUGAACGGGCGCACGUCUACCAUGCCACCACAUUGACGAUGCUAAGGCGAGGAAACUCGUUGACCGGGCGGUCAGCGAUAUAUUCGCAUCCUAGCGUCGAAGAGGAAUCAAGUCGUGGCACCAGCGGAACAGGCAGACCCGAUGAGUGGUGGAGCCUUUGGAUCACGAAAGAGGCUACUACAAGGGCAACACUCGCGGCUUUUGUCAUUGACAUCAUGCAUGCCACCGUGUUCGGCCACAGUGCUGUCAUGGCUACUCACGAGAUGCGUCUUCCACUGCCAUGUGACGAAGCUCUCUGGUCUGCAAGAAGUAGUUCUGAAGUUCGUCAGGCUAUGCAGUCAGAUUACGUCCAUCCAAUAUCCUUCCUUGACGGCCUUAAGAAAGCGUUCAAUAAGGAAGCGGUAAAAACCAGUCCGUUCGGACGCAUGAUACUUAUGGCAGGCUUGCUGAACGGGUCAUGGCAUGUGAACCAGUGGGAUCUACAAACCAGCUCGCUUGGCAUGACAGCAGCACUCGAUACACAAGACGAGCGGCUAGCAUCCUUGAUCCACGCUCUUGACUUCUGGAAGCAGGAAGACUGCCCUGCUCCGGAUCGACAUGGGUGUCGGGAUGGUACUGGCGGCGAUGACGUCUCCGAAUCCCAGGUUGUCCUCUACCACCUGGCAAACAUGGCCACACAUGUCAAUUUCGUCGACUGCCAGAUCUAUGCCGGUGCUUCCGAAAUACUUGGGAAGCAGAUAACCCCGCAAGAUUGUAAAGACGUACAACGACGGAUGGAGGAAUGGGCUCCCACCCCCCGAGCCCGACACGCCACGUUCCAUGCCUUCUGCUUGCUUUCCCGCGUCAUGGUCAGAAGAGACCGCAGCCCGAACCCCAGCAACCCAUCCAGCGACACUUCCUUCUACUCCGCGCGCGACGACCACAUCCCAUACCGAUCAUGGACGCUUUAUCUGGCCACACUCGUUGUCUGGUCGUACGGCUUUGCGCUAGAAGGACCGGUUCAGACGCCGUGCCAACUCCUAUCCUAUGAACGCAAGGUCGAGGAUAUGGUGCUGUACCUCAAUCGCAUGGGAGGCGUGAAAACACCUGAAGAUCUGAGUAAGACUUCGCAUCGCAAUGCUUGCUUGGGGCUGCUGAUCAUCACGCGAGACUUGUUUGUGCAGACCAGGUGGGAGUUGCUGCAGGAGGCAGGUCGUUCGUUAACAAAGUGCAUCGAGAUGCUGCUUCCCCAUGCAGCCAGUGGGUGA